AUGGCUCAGCCUCGAUACCAAUACCACCAGGGAAUACUGAACUGGGACGAGCCACACUUGAGCCCGGUCCGGGUGCCGCAGGUCAGUGCGUGCCCUUACAGCGCGUCAAACAGAAAAGACGACUCCUAUUUGCUCAUGGAACCAGACAACCACUCAAAACCGUCACCGGACGUGUCUGCCUUUACCAGACUAAUGUCAGAGAUGGGCUCCAUGACGGGCGGUUCUGGUCCAAUUCAGGGCUACUUCCGCUCGGAGCAGUCAUACUCCGGGUUCAAAGUCCAGGAGUACAACAACAGCGUGCACGGCUUGCCCACGACCAAUCCACCGCGCGCUCCCCACUCAGUCUCGAGCCAUUUGUACCACUUGAGCUUCCCGGUGCUGCCAUAUCCAGACACGGACAUCAAGCGCGUUAUUGAUGACUUAGCGCUGGGCAGCAGUGAGUGUCCAGCCCAGAGAAGCGAUAGCAGCAGCAUCACCCUGGCCAGCAGUCAGACCAACACGGAAGACUUAGUCAUAGGUUUACGGCGAGACAAGCCCCCAUCAGACUUACCCAAGGGCGAUAAAGGUCCCAGACAGGAGUCGCAAGAGGAUGCAACAUUCGAAAAUGAUGCAACCAGUGGAUGGCUGUGGGCGAAGGCGGGGAGGAAGAAGCGCUGUCCUUACACCAAAUACCAAACCCUGGAGCUGGAAAAGGAGUUCCUCUUCAACAUGUAUCUGACUCGCGAUCGCCGCCUGGAGAUCGCUCGCAGUGUCAACCUCACUGACCGUCAAGUCAAAAUCUGGUUCCAGAACCGCCGCAUGAAGAUGAAGAAGAUGACACGGGAACACAGAACCAGGGACUCGGUCACACAUUUCCCAAUCUGA